ACUCCGCUGCAGCACCCUCAGCAUCUCAGUUGAGCAGGAGCACCGCACUGACUCACAUCUACACGCACACACGCACGCACGCACACACGCGCUCUCUGAACAAGCACAGCCUUCUGCGGUAUCCCGUGUACGGCGCAGCGGCUUUUCCGGCGGCAUACCAAGUGCGUACUCACCGAGGGAUGGGAGGUGCAGCUGCCGAGUCUCAGUGCGCUCAAAGCGGCGUAGUAGAGUCCGGCUGAUCGGUGAGGCGGGGGGGGGACAAGCUGCUGGAAGUCUGCUGCUGUUUUCAACCUCUCGUGCAGGAAUCGCCUUCCCGGGGAUUAAAAGUGGACACGUUCCCUUUCGUUAGGAUAUUACACGUUUCUCAAUUUUUUUUAAAUUUUUUUUUUUGGGGGGGAGUAACUGGAGUUGGGGAAUUGCUCCGGACGUGCCUCUUAUCCGCAGUGUCGAUGCGGCUGCGGCUGUGAAGUGAUAUCUGCAUAGAUUACAGGUGUAUGAUGUCCUCCAUCUCAAGAGAGGCUUGAUUGUGAUCGGUGACAGCACCGGUCUGUGCCCGCUUCCCUCUCGUCACUGCUCCCACCAUCGGCACAGCCAUGGCGUCACUCACCAGGACAUGGACCUGCUCUUUUGUAUGCUGCUUUCUGUCAACUCUGAUGCUUCAUGUGGCAUCACAGACUGUGGUGCAAGCCCCACAGGCUCAGAGUUCCAGCUCCCAGGUGAUCACAGUGUCCCUUCAGGAGGAGGAGUAUUCCUCGUUUCGUGCUGAAAACCCCGAGUGGACAUUCAACCAUUUGGCGGUGGACUAUCGCAAUGGUAACGUUUACUUGGGUGCCGUCAACCGUAUAUAUAAACUGUCCCCGGCCUUGGAGGUCCAAGUGUCCCAUGAGACUGGCCCAGACGAAGACAACCGCAAGUGCUAUCCUCCGCGCAUCGUCCAACCUUGCAGUGAGCCACUGACACUCACCAACAACGUCAACAAGAUGCUCCUGAUGGACUACCGGGAGAACCGGCUACUGGCGUGUGGCAGCCUCUAUCAGGGCAUCUGCAAACUCCUUCGUCUAGAUGAUCUAUUCAAAUUGGGAGAGCCUUUCCACAAGAAGGAGCACUACCUCUCUGGUGUCAAUGAAAGCGGCUCAGUGUUUGGCGUCAUUGUUUCGUAUGGAAACGCCUCUCCGGACAUGUUGUUCGUAGCCACAGCGGUGGACGGCAAGCCAGAAUACUUCCCCACCAUCUCCAGCCGCAAGUUGGCGAGAAACUCCGAGGAAGACGGCAUGUUUGCGUAUGUCUUUCAUGAUGAGUUUGUGGCUUCUAUGAUCAAGAUCCCUUCAGACACCUUCACCGUCAUUCCGGACUUUGACAUAUACUACAUUUAUGGCUUUGCCAGUGGGAACUUUGUCUACUUUCUGACUUUACAGCCCGAAAUGGGGGGCGGGCCGACUGCGGGAUCCUCGUCCACUGGUCGGGAACAGGUCUACACUUCCAAGAUAGUCCGCCUUUGUAAGGCAGACACUGCUUUCAACUCCUACGUGGAGGUGCCUAUUGGAUGCAUUAGUGACAACGUGGAGUACCGAUUACUCGAGGCGGCCUACCUGUCCAAAGCUGGUGCUAUUCUGGCGCGCUCUCUCGACGUGGCACCAGACGACGACGUAUUGUUUGCCGUCUUCUCAAAAGGUCAGAAGCGACGUCCACGGCAGGCCUCCCAGGACUCAGCACUGUGUGUUUUCUCUCUGCGGAAGAUCAAUGAGAAAAUCAAGGAGCGACUGCAGUCCUGCUACAAGGGCGAGGGUACGCUGGACCUGGCUUGGCUCAAAGUCAAAGAUAUCCCCUGCAGCAGUGCGCUCCUGACCAUCGACGACGACUUUUGCGGCCUCGACAUGAACGCGCCGCUCGGCGUGUCCGAGAUGGUGCGCGGCAAACCGCUCUUCACCGACGGCGUCGACAAAAUGAGCUCCGUCGUCGCCUACGUCUACAAGAACCACUCGCUCGUCUUCGUCGGCACCAAAAGUGGCCGCGUCAAGAAGAUCCGGGUCGAUGGCUCCUCUCGUGCUCUGCAGUAUGAGACGGUGCAGGCGGUGGAAUGUGGACCCAUCCUCAGAGACAUGGCUUUCUCCUCGGACCAUCAUUACCUCUAUGUCAUGUCAGAGAACCAGCUAUCCAGAGUGCCGGUGGAAGCCUGUGGUCAAUACUCAACGUGCAGUGAAUGCCUUGGAUCAGGAGAUCCCCACUGUGGCUGGUGUGUCCUUCACAACAUGUGCGCCAGAAAGGAGAAAUGUGAGCGCUCGUCAGAGCCCCGGCGUUUCGCAUCAGACAUCAAGCAGUGUGUGCAUCUCAGUGUCCACCCAAACAACAUCUCAGUGUCCCAGUUCAGUGUAACGUUGGUGCUGGAAGCCCACAAUGUCCCCGAACUUUCAGCGGGUGUGAGCUGCAGCUUUGAGGACCUGGCUGAGAUGAAUGGGUUGGUGGAUGGAAACCGGAUCAAGUGCUUUUCACCUGCUGAGAAAGAGAUGCCGCGAAUAGUUGUCGACAAAGGAGACCACCAGAUUGUGCAGCUUUAUCUCAAAUCCAAGGAGACGGGCUUGGCAUUCGCAAACACCAGUUUUGUUUUCUACAACUGCAGCGUGCACAAAUCGUGUCUGUCGUGUGUGAGUAGUCCCUACCAGUGCCACUGGUGCAAAUACAGACACGAUUGUACUCACGACCCUCGCACAUGCUCCUUCCAGGAGGGACGAGUCAAGAAUCCCGAGGGGUGUCCCCAGCUACUGCCAGCCGAGAGAAUCCUGGUUCCAGUCAACGUGGUGAAGCCCAUCACGCUGCGAGCAAAGAACCUUCCCCAGCCGCAGUCUGGUCAGAGAGGGUACGAGUGUGUGCUGACCAUCCAGGGGAGCGAACACCGAGUUCCUGCCCUGCGCUUCAACAGCUCCUCAGUGCAGUGUCAGAACACAUCGUAUUUCUAUGAUGGGAUGGAGAUGAGCAGUCUUCCCGUGGAGCUGACCGUCAUCUGGAACGGAGAUUUCAGCAUUGACAACCCUGCCCACAACAAAGUCCAUCUGUACAAGUGUGACGCCCAACGUGGAAGCUGCGGCUUGUGUCUGAAGGCAGACCCGCUGUUUGGGUGCGUUUGGUGUAAAGGAGAGAACCGCUGCACCCUCAAGCAACACUGCCCCCACCCUGAGAACCAGUGGCUGGAGCACAACGGCAUCAACAGCAAGUGCACCCACCCCCGCAUCACACAGAUCACUCCUCUCCGGGGUCCCAGGGAGGGCGGUACGCUCGUGACCAUCCGUGGUGAGAACCUGGGCCUGGAGUUUAAAGAGAUUCAGGGUAACGUGAAGGUGGCUGAGGUGGACUGCACGCCCAUACGUGAAGGCUACAUCCCGGCCGAGCAGAUUGUGUGUGAGAUGGGUAAGGCGGAGAAGAGCCAGUAUACUGGAAAUGUGCAGGUCUGUGUCGGGGUUGGAGAUUGCAGUUCAGAAUUCAAGGCAAAAUCCUCCAAGUACUACUACUUUGUGGUCCCGAGGAUUCUCAGUCUGAAGCCCAGCCGAGGACCUGUGUCUGGAGGAACCAUCGUCAGCAUCACUGGCAGCCACCUCGACGCUGGGAGCAACGUGUCAGUCAUGUUUAAGGACCAGCCAUGCACUUAUCUCAGGAGGGGCGGCCAGUGGCUCACCUGUCGAACACACGCUUCCCUGAAUGGCUACGGAAAUGUGUCCGUGUCUGUGAGCAUAGACAGAGCUCAUCUCCAGAAAGACCUGCGGUUCGAGUAUGUGGAGGAUCCCACCAUCACUAAGAUAGAGCCUGAGUGGAGCAUCUACAGUGGCCACACACCAGUGACAGUCACGGGUACAAACCUGGACAUCAUUCAGACUCCGCUCAUCAGAGCCAAAUACAACGGCCAUGAGACACUCAAUUUGUGCGAGGUGCUCAGCCCGACGUCCAUGCUGUGCCAAGCUCCGAAUCUGGCCGUCAGCUCUGGUCGACAGCAAGAGGUCCCCGAGCGACCCGACGAGUUUGGCUUCAAACUGGAUGACGUGCUGUCCGUGAUGGCGCUCAACAACACCAACUUUAUCUACUACCCAAAUCCUGAGUUUGAGCCGCUCAGUGUGUCCGGGGUGCUGGAGCUUAAACCUGGAUCACCAAUUAUACUGAAGGGACGUAACUUCCUACCGCCUACCAAUAAUGGACAAGGAAAGUUGAACUACACUGUUCUGAUCGGAGAGAAGCCCUGCAUGUUAACUGUGUCAGAGACCCAGCUGCUGUGCGAGUCCCCAAACCUGACCGGUCGACACAAGGUCCUGGCACGUGUUGGUGGUAAAGAGUUUUCCCCAGGCGUAGUCCUCAUCACGUCCGACAGCCAGCUUAGCAGCACCGCCAUCAUCGGGAUCGCUGCAGCCGGAGCCAUGCUCAUCUUCUUCAUCGUCGUGGUGCUCAUCGCCUACAAGCGCAAGUCUCGCGAGAGCGACCUGACCCUGAAGAGGCUGCAGAUGCAGAUGGACAACCUGGAGUCACGUGUGGCUCUGGAGUGCAAAGAAGCUUUUGCUGAGCUCCAGACAGACAUUCAUGAGCUCACCAGCGAUCUAGACGGUGCAGGAAUCCCCUUCUUGGACUACAGGACUUACACCAUGAGGGUCCUCUUCCCAGGCAUAGAGGAACAUCCUGUACUCAGAGACCUUGAGGUGCCCGGCUACCGCCAAGAGCAGGUAGAGAAGGGACUGAAGCUGUUUGGCCAGCUCAUUAACAACAAGGUCUUCCUGCUGUGUUUUAUCCGCACUCUGGAGGCCCAGCGUGGGUUUUCCAUGAGGGACAGGGGCAACGUGGCCUCGCUUAUCAUGACAGUGCUGCAGAGCAAGUUGGAGUAUGCCACUGAUGUUCUAAAACACCUGCUGUCCGACCUCAUAGACCGCAACCUUGAGAGCAAGAAUCAUCCCAAGCUGCUGCUCCGCAGGACUGAGUCUGUGGCGGAGAAAAUGCUGACCAACUGGUUUACCUUCCUCCUCUACAAGUUUCUGAAGGAGUGUGCGGGCGAACCACUCUUCUCCCUCUUCUGUGCCAUCAAGCAGCAGAUGGAAAAAGGCCCCAUCGACUCCAUCACAGGAGAGGCGCGCUACUCGCUCAGCGAGGACAAGCUCAUCAGACAGCAGAUUGACUACAAGACACUGGUGGUGAACUGCAUCCAUCCCGAGAAUGAGAAGAGCCCAGAGAUCCAAGUCAAGGUGCUGAACUGUGACACCAUCAGCCAAGUGAAGGAGAAGAUCCUGGAUGCCAUCUAUAAAAAUGUGCCACACUCGCACCGCCUCAAAGCCUCUGACAUGGACCUGGAAUGGCGCCAGGGUAGAGGACAACGCAUGAUCCUGCAGGAUGAGGACGUCACCACUAAGAUUGAAACGGACUGGAAGAGACUGAACAUGUUGGCCCAUUAUCAGGUACCUGAUAAUGCAGUAAUGGCUUUGGUUCCCAAGCAAGUCACAGCCUAUAAUUCAGUCAACAACUCCACUGUGUCUCGAACUUCUGCAAGUAAAUAUGAGAAUAUGAUCAAAUACACUGGAAGUCCUGACAGCCUGCGCUCUCGCACUCCCAUGAUCACUCCUGACUUGGAGAGCGGGGUCAAGGUCUGGCACCUGGUGAAGAACCAUGAGCACGGCGACCAGAAGGAGGGCGACCGCGGCAGCAAGAUGGUGUCCGAGAUCUACCUGACGCGACUUCUGGCGACCAAGGGUACAUUACAAAAGUUUGUGGAUGACCUGUUUGAGACCAUCUUCAGCACGGCCCAUCGAGGCAGCGCCCUGCCACUGGCCAUCAAAUACAUGUUUGACUUCCUGGACGAACAGGCGGACAAACACAACAUCCAUGACCCACAUGUUCGACACACAUGGAAGAGCAACUGCCUACCUCUGCGUUUCUGGGUGAAUGUGAUCAAGAACCCCCAGUUUGUGUUUGACAUCCACAAGAGCAGCAUCACAGAUGCCUGCCUGUCUGUGGUGGCUCAGACCUUCAUGGACUCCUGCUCCACCUCAGAACACCGCCUUGGGAAGGACUCACCCUCCAACAAGCUGCUUUACGCCAAGGACAUCCCCAGCUACAAGAGCUGGGUGGAGAGAUACUACUCGGACAUCGGUAAGAUGCAGGCGAUCAGCGACCAGGACAUGAAUGCCUACUUGGCAGAACAGUCACGGAUGCACAUGAAUGAGUUCAACACCAUGAGCUCCCUCAGUGAGAUUUACUCCUAUGUGGGCAAAUACACCGAGGAGAUUGUGUGUUCACUAGAGCAGGAUGAUGCAGCCAGGAAACAGAGGUUGGCCUUCAAGCUGGAGCAGGUGGUGGCCUUCAUGAGUCUGGAAAGCUGAGGACCGCACUUCCCAGGGCGCACUGGGAAGAGACCCCAUCAGAAACCGAGCCGUGCCUGAGUGAAGACUUGUCCCCAUCUUUUUUCAUCAUGUGACUUCCUCCCUCCGCCUUUCAAAGAUGACUUCUUCCUCCACCUUUUUUCCCCCCCACAAGAAAUAUUCCCGUUUCCUCAUCCAUUUUGCUGCAUAAACUAGUUUUACCUGAAUAUAUUUGAAGGGUGGGUUCGAGCUUAAGUUGGCAAAUCCCACAAUGCAAUGUGGGGGGAGCCCUCAGCUGCACCACAGGGAGCGCUCAAAGGGGUGAUUGCUUGAAAGCUGGCCAUAUUGGCGUACCUCAGUCCCCCUGCUGGAGGAAGUAAGAGGGAAACAUUUUUAUGUUGCCUUUAAGAAUUUACACUGACAUGUAAUUCUUUAAAAACCACACUGUUGGGCAUCCAUUUUGUUGAACUUUUUUUUCCAAAAUAGGAUAGUUAAACUAAAACCACCUCUAGAGUCCAGCUUAUUGUAGUUCUAUAUUCACUAUAUACAGACGAGAGGAAACAUCGAAAAAUGAUGACUGCAAGCCAAAUGAACACCUCUGAAGAAAAUUCAUGCAAGGAUGGAUGGUUUGCCAAGUUUACACUGUACCUGCAAACAAAGCAUACAUAUCUGUGAAAUUUGGGGCGAGUCCAGGCAAACCUAGAAUGUUUUUGUGUUCUUUCAAUGUAGCUGGAGUUGUAUUUAAGAGUUAAGACUGAUCGGGGUAGGGAAGGAUGAGUGCUUCUCUGAACUUUUCCCUCAAUGAGACAUUACUGACAAUAAAACUUUACGAACCAGAGUAUCUCCAACUUGUACCCCCUUUGCAACAUCCGCACAUUUUUCUCUGGCCAGCAUACGUUUAACUUGAGAGAAAAUGCUCAUGAUUUCUGCUUCCGUCCGGUUUAUGUGGUUCCUGCAAAAUGACCCGAUUAGACACAACCCUAGAGGCCCCCCCCCCCUUCCUCGACUCAAGUUGGAUCCUCUGAAAGAAGCACACAACCAACUCUGGAAGACUCUCUCUUUCGACUGCUAACCCAAACGCCCAGACGCAGUUGCUUCCAAUCUCGUGUCGUCACUGCGGCAGUCUAUCAAAGCACACACACAUACAACACGCACAGAAACACAAUCAGCAGCUGCCCACGUAUCUACAUCCACCGUGAAGGUUGAAGGGAGGAGUGGACUGUAAGACACUUGCUUGAUCACUCACAACAAGAGUGAUUCAGUGGAGUGAAGUCAGAGAUGGCUGACUGCUACCUAAAGGGGGCUCUGUUGGGAGAGUAGCACCUUUUUUCCUUGGAUGUUCUUAUUUAAAAAAAAGACUUUUGUGUGGAGAAUUCAAAACGGGAUGGAUUUCAUCAGUCAGCCGAAAACCAAAGGAGCUUGAAAUUUUCAAUACGGUCAAAUGUAUUUGUAAAGUGCCACUGAGGAAAUGACUGAAAAAAAAAAGGACUAUGUAAAAGACAACCACUACAAGGACAAAAAAAUAUUGUGACUGGAACUUAAAAAGAACCCUGUGUGACUUUUUCUGACCUCAGUGUGUCGAGUUGCGAGGCUCUGAGGGCGACACGAUCUGAUCCUCCUUUCUCUUUCCAUCGUCCCCGGGUCUCUCCGGCUCUCGGCACACCGUUCACCUUUGUGUCUGGCUCCUGACCAGUUUCCUUUUGUUUUGCACAACCGUUGGAGAUGGUAGCUAGUUGCAUACAGCAAAAUCCCAACUCUUCAGUGUGUAACUGUCGAGGCGCUCUUGUCUGUAUUAGUGUAGUUGUCCUCAGUGGCGGCAGGGGGCGGCCUUCUCCAAGCCUCAAAAAAAAGAAAAAAAAAAGAAAAGAAAAAUCCGAUUAGCAGAGCAGGAACAGAGCAAAAGUGAUUUAUCGCGGUAGAAUAACAAGUAAAUGAUAGACAUUAAAGUUGCUAAGACUUGUUGGAUGUGAACCUCCACUGUGGGAGAGAGCGACUGAAAGAGAGAUGAUGGAGGCGCCCUCCGUAUCUUUUGACCUCUGCCCUUUCUUUUGCCUUGACAACGUGCCCCAUGUGGUGAUGUGAAUGUGUGAAGACCGCCCUAGGUCCACCUUGGGUCCUUUAUUGGCUUUUUAAGCGCAUGUAAAACAUAAACAAUUUAAGAAACUUAUUAAAAAAAAAAAAGAAAAAUAAGAAAUUUAAGCCUUGCAAUGAUGAUGUGGAUGUGUUCUUUUAUCUUUCUUUUGCUUGGAAGAAUCGAGAUGGAAAAAGUGGAUUGUUCAUGUAAUAAAAACUAACUUUCGUUUAA